CCUGACCGCCUCGCCCUUCGUCGAAGCCACACGAUGCCUCCCCGUCCCCGCCACCGCCUCCUCUUUUUCCGCCGCCACCUCUCCACCUCCACGCCGUCUCCCGCGCCGGCCCCCGUCCCCGUGCCUAAGCCCACCGACCCGGCGCUUCUGCUCCGCCUCUGCACGAUCCUCUACCAGCAGCAGCACGACCCCGACGACUCGCUGCGCCGACGCCUCUCCGCGCUACCGCUGCCCACCGCGCCCGCCGACAUUCGCGAGCUCUUCCUCCAGGCCUCCGCGCGGUUCCCGCUCUCCUGGCGCCCCGUGCACCGCCUCCUCGCGCACCUCUCCACCCUCCACCACGGCGACGGCGACGGCGACGGCGGAGGCGGUGGGUUCCCACACUCCCCCGCCACCGCCGCUCGCCUCCUCGACGUCCUCGCCAAGUCCGGGAACAUCGACCUCCUCCACUCCACGCUCUUCUCGCUGCCCCGAAGCCUCCUCUCCGCCGCGGCACUCCGCGCCGCCGUGCGGGGGCUCGCCCCCGCCCGCGAGGUCGGGAAGGUCGCCAAGCUCGUGACGCUCUUCCCCGAGUGCCACCGCGCUCGGGUCCUCACGUUCGUCACCGACGUCGCGUGCUCGGAGCCGUGCAGGCUCCCUGACGUCGCGGAGAAGGCGAUCAAGCGCGCCGAGCACCGGCACGGCGUCGAGCGCACGGGCAGGUGCUGCGACCUGCUGGUCGUCGCGUACUGCCGCGCGGGGUCUCUCGCGGACGCGUGCAGGGUGUGGAAUGGCAUGGAGAGGCGCGGCCUCGAGCCGGGUGCCGCGGCGUACCAGGAGAUCGUGGUGACCAUGUUCAAGAACAACCGCGUGGCCGACGCCAUGAAGAUGUUCGACGGAAUGCGGAGGAACGGAGUGCCUGACAACGAAGGCGGGUGCUGCUGCGCGGUUGUCUCGUGGCUGUGCAAGGAUGGGAGGGUGUGGGGCGCGUACAUGGUGUUGGCAGAAAUGGUGAAACGAGGUCUGGAGGUGGAUGGUGAGCUACUGGGAGAUUUGGUGUAUGGGCUUAUGGUGAGGAGAAGGGCGAGGGAAGCAUACAGGGUGUUCCAUGGCGUUAAGGAGAAGGACAUUGCUCUCUAUCAUGGGUUGAUGAAGGGGUUGCUGAGGAUCAAACGAGCAGGGGAGGCCACUGAGGUGUUCAGGGAGAUGAUCACCAGGGGAUGUGAACCGAACAUGCACACUUACAUCAUGUUGCUUCAGGGGCACCUUGGGAAGAGGGGUCGGAAGGGCAGGGAUCCAUUGGUGAAUUUUGAGAGCAUAUUUGUUGGUGGCUUGGUGAAAGCCGGGAGGACAUUGGAGGUGACCAAGUUUGUAGAGAGGACAAUGUGGGGUGGGGUAGAUGUGCCGAGGUUUGACUAUAACAAGUUUCUGUACUAUUUCUCGAAUGAGGAGGGGGCAGUAAUGUUCGAAGAGGUUGGCAAGAGAUUGAGGGAGGUUGGAGUAAUUGAUCUUGCAGACAUUUUGUCAGCCUAUGGUGAGCGCAUGACCACCAGGGAUAGGAGAAGAACAGCAAUGAAUGGACUUCUCAAAUCGGUUUAGGAUGUUGGUUCCUAAUCAUCAUCUCAGGAGCUAGGCACUUGUGAUGUUGAAUUGUACAUCAAAGUAACUAUAUUAGAUAACCUACUCAUGUAGUAUUAUUGUGGAGGAAAAUGCAAAUAGUUCUUGCUUGCCUUCGUCUUUGUGGUUCUAAGGGUCAAAUGGAUUAGCAUGAUGAUCUGAGUAUUUCCUUUUAGAUGAUCCAUUCAUGCUACGUUUGCAGCUUUGCAAGUUUGAAUGAAGUCAUUUGCACCGCA